GGCGACUUUGAACCAAAUUACUUACUUUAUUGGACUGAAAAAUUCUACUCCAACAAUUGCUUGUGCAUUAUCAAAUAUACUCCCAGCAGUAACUUUUCUCCUUGCUGUCUUCUUUCGAUUAGAAAGUGUGGGAAUAAAGAGGAGGCCUGGGCAAGCGAAGGUGUUGGGAACCCUAGUGUGUGUAGGUGGUGCCAUGCUACUGUCAUUCUACCAUGGACCUGUCAUCCCAAUUGGUGAAUCAACCAUACACUGGAAAUAUGCAGAGAAGAUGGCCAACGUUAAUCCUGCCACCCACACCAACUUCAUCUUGGGCCCCCUUCUUCUCAUAGCAAGCUCAGUUUCCUGGGCAGCGAGAAUGAGCACCAAGUAUCCAGCUCCAUACUCAAGUUCUGCGUUGAUGUGUUUAAUGGCCAGCUUUCAAUGUGUGAUUAUCGGCUUUGGGGUUAAGCGUGAGGCAUCUGCAUGGGCAUUGAGUCCUAGCAUCCGAGCUGUUUCAAGUGUUUAUGCUGGUAUUGUUUGUUCUGCAAUGGCAUUUUGCCUUAUGUCUUGGUGUAUCGAAAGGAAAGGUCCUCUCUAUGUCUCAGUGUUCAGCCCCUUGUUGCUUGUCAUUGUUGCUAUCCUCAGUUGGGCUUUACUUCAGGAGAAAUUAUUCGUUGGAACUGUUGUAGGGUCUGUCUUAAUUGUUAUAGGACUAUAUGGAGUUCUCUGGGGAAAGAACAAGGAGAUAGCAUCAACAAGCCAUAUUGAGGAGCCAUAUGACCAAGAGACACAAGACAUGAAGGACGACUUGGAAUUACUGUUUUCUGAGGUUUCAAAGAGGAAUCUUCCUGCUAAGCACUGA